AGAACCGCCUCUAUCAGGCCAUUCAGAGAGCUGAUGACAUCUUGGACCUGAAGUUCUGCAUGGAUGGAGUUCAGACUGCCUUGAGGAAUGAAGAUUAUGAGCAAGCUGCAGCCCACAUUCAUCGCUACUUGUGCCUCGACAAGUCAGUCAUUGAGCUCAGCCGACAGGGCAAAGAGGGGAGCAUGAUUGAUGCCAACCUGAAAUUGCUGCAGGAAGCUGAGCAACGUCUCAAAGCCAUUGUAGCAGAGAAGUUUGCCAUUGCCACCAAGGAAGGUGAUCUGCCCCAGGUGGAGCGCUUCUUCAAGAUCUUCCCACUACUGGGUUUGCAUGAGGAGGGAUUAAGCAAGUUCUCAGAAUACCUUUGCAAGCAGGUGGCCAGUAAAGCUGAGGAGAAUCUACUCUUGGUGCUGGGGACAGACAUGAGUGAUCGGAGAGCUGCAGUCAUCUUUGCAGAUACACUUACUCUUCUGUUUGAAGGGAUUGCCCGCAUUGUGGAGACCCACCAACCAAUAGUGGAGACCUAUUAUGGGCCGGGGAGACUGUAUACCCUGAUCAAAUAUCUGCAGGUGGAAUGUGACAGACAGGUGGAUAAGGUGGUAGACAAGUUCAUCAAACAAAGGGACUACCACCAGCAGUUCCGGCAUGUUCAGAACAACUUGAUGAGAAAUUCUACAACAGAAAAAAUUGAACCAAGAGAACUGGACCCCAUCCUGACUGAGGUCACCCUGAUGAAUGCCCGCAGUGAGCUGUACUUACGUUUCCUCAGGAAGAGGAUUAGCUCUGAUUUUGAGGUGGGGGACUCCAUGGCCUCAGAAGAAGUAAAGCAAGAGCACCAGAAGUGUCUGGACAAACUCCUCAAUAACUGCCUUUUGAGCUGUACCAUGCAGGAGCUGAUUGGCUUAUAUAUUACCAUGGAGGAGUACUUCAUGAGGGAGACUGUCAAUAAGGCUGUUGCUCUGGACACCUAUGAGAAGGGCCAGUUGACAUCCAGCAUGGUGGAUGAUGUCUUCUACAUUGUUAAGAAGUGCAUUGGGCGGGCUCUGUCCAGCUCUAGCAUCGACUGUCUCUGUGCCAUGAUCAACCUCGCCACCACAGAGCUGGAGUCUGACUUCAGGGAUGUUCUGUGCAACAAGCUGCGGAUGGGCUUCCCGGCAACCACCUUCCAGGACAUCCAGCGCGGGGUGACAAGUGCUGUGAACAUCAUGCACAGCAGCCUCCAGCAGGGCAAAUUUGACACGAAAGGCAUCGAGAGUACUGAUGAAGCGAAGCUGUCCUUCCUGGUGACUCUGAACAAUGUGGAAGUCUGCAGUGAAAACAUCUCCACUCUGAAGAAGACACUAGAGAGUGACUGCACCAAGCUCUUCAGCCAGGGCAUUGGAGGGGAGCAGGCCAAGGCCAAGUUUGACAGCUGCCUUUCUGACUUGGCUGCCGUGUCCAGCAAAUUCCGAGACCUCUUGCAGGAAGGGCUCACGGAGCUUAACAGCACAGCCAUCAAGCCACAGGUGCAGCCUUGGAUUAACAGCUUUUUCUCUGUCUCCCACAACAUCGAGGAGGAGGAAUUCAAUGACUAUGAGGCCAACGACCCUUGGGUACAACAGUUCAUCCUUAACUUGGAGCAGCAAAUGGCAGAGUUCAAGGCCAGCCUGUCCCCAGUCAUCUACGACAGCCUAACCGGCCUCAUGACCAGCCUUGUUGCCGUGGAGUUGGAGAAAGUGGUGCUGAAAUCCACCUUUAACCGGCUGGGCGGUCUGCAAUUUGACAAGGAGCUGAGGUCACUCAUUGCCUACCUUACCACGGUGACCACCUGGACCAUCCGAGACAAGUUUGCCCGGCUCUCUCAGAUGGCCACCAUCCUCAAUCUGGAGCGGGUGACCGAGAUCCUCGAUUACUGGGGACCCAACUCCGGCCCGUUGACGUGGCGCCUCACCCCUGCUGAAGUGCGCCAGGUGCUGGCCCUGCGCAUAGACUUCCGCAGUGAAGACAUCAAGAGGCUGCGCCUGUAGCUGCCUGGAUGCGCACACCAGCUCAUUACAGUUCUCAGUCUGUUCCCUAAGGCCCAGCCAAGGAGCUGAGUGAGGCUGUUUGCCUUGGAGGAGCUCUGACAGCCCAGACCUUUCCACAGCUGGCAGCACAGACAGCCUGGACUCACUCCAUGCUCUGCCCUCAGACCUAGCCUGGUGAGGCAUUGGGGGCAGCCUUUCCCCACCUAGAGAAUUGGGCUCCUAAUGAGGUGAGAAACUCAUGGCAGGCAGAGGGGCAGCCCAGGCCGGCUUUCUGCACGGGUGGUCAGUCUUUUGCCCUCAAACGCUACAGCAAACAAGCUGCCCCUGCCAGCCUUAGACGACUUGGGUACAUCUGGGGACCUAGCAAUUAGGCUUGACUUCGAGGCAAGGCUGUGAUGUUUAUGAUCCCUGAAUAAAGCUACUCCUUGAAGAGA